GCAACAGGCAGGCUCCGCCCGCGGACGCUCCCGGGGCUUCCCCGCCUCCUCCGCCUACCUCCGUCUGGCCGCGCUCUGUCGCGGUGUCCCAGCGCCACCGCCACCGACACUCGGCCGCCCGCCGCCCGCCGCAGUUGCUGCCAACAGCGUGCAUCCGAGUCGCCGCCGGAACCAGGAACACCCGAGGAGCUGAGAAGUAGCCUGUCCAGUAGCGUGUGCAUGCCCACGGCGGCAAGAAACCUCCGUUUUGCUCAUCAUCGAGCAAUUAGUGGCUGGUAUACAGCAGGGGCCACCAUGCACGUGAAGAAGUACCUGCUCAAGGGACUGCACCGGCUGCAGAAGGGCCCGGGCUACAGCUACAAGGAGCUGCUGGUGUGGUACUGCAACAACACCAACACGCACGGGCCCAAGCGCAUCAUCUGCGAGGGCCCCAAGAAGAAGGCCCUGUGGCUGCUGCUCACGCUGCUCUUCGCCUGCCUGGUGUGCUGGCAGUGGGGCGUCUUCAUCAGGACCUACCUGGGCUGGGAGGUCAGCGUGGCCCUCUCCCUGGGCUUCAAGACCAUGGACUUCCCGGCCGUCACCCUCUGCAACGCCAGCCCCUUCCAGUAUUCCAAAGUCAAGCACCUGCUGAAGGACCUGGACGAGCUGAUGGAGGCCGUGCUGGAGAGGAUCGUGGCCCCCGAGCCAGGCCGGGCCAACGCCAGCAGCACCCUGAACUUGACCAUCUGGAACCACACGCCCCUGGUCCUUAUCGAUGAGCGGGACCUCCGCCACCCCGUGGUCCUCGACCUCCUUGGGAGUAACAACACCAAUGGCUCAGCAAGCGGCAGCCCAGCCCCGGGAAGGACGUGUAGCGCCCAGGAGUGCAAAGUGGCCAUGAGACUAUGCAGCCUCAACGGGACCGCGUGCGCCUUCUGGAACUUCACCAGCGCCACCCAGGCCGUGACCGAGUGGUACGUGCUGCAGGCCACCAACAUCUUCUCGCAGGUGCCGCGCCAGGAGCUGGUGGCCAUGGGCUACUCGGCCCAGCGGAUGAUCCUGGCCUGCCUGUUCGGGACGGAGCCCUGCAGCCACCGGAACUUCACGGCCAUCUUCUACCCCUACUACGGCAACUGCUACAUCUUCAACUGGGGCAUGACGGAGAAGGCGCUCCCCUCUGCCAACCCCGGGAGUGAAUUUGGUCUGAAGUUGGUGCUGGACAUAGGCCAGGAGGACUAUGUCCCCUUCCUCGCAUCCACGGCCGGGGCCCGGCUGCUGCUUCACGAGCAGAGGACGUACCCCUUUAUCCGAGAGGAGGGCAUCUAUGCCAUGACGGGGACAGAGACCUCCAUCGGCGUGCUGGUGGACAAGCUGCAGCGCAUGGGCGAGCCCUACAGCCCGUGCACUGUGAACGGCUCCGACGUCGCGGUCCAAAAUCUCUACAGCGACUACAAUACGACCUACUCCAUCCAGGCCUGUCUCCACUCCUGCUUCCAAGACCACAUGAUCCAUAACUGCAGCUGCGGCCACUACCUGUACCCACUGCCCCGGGGGGAGAGAUACUGCAACAACCAGGAUUUCCCAGACUGGGCCCACUGCUACCUAGACCUGCGGAUGAGCGUGGCCCUGAGAGAGACGUGCAUCAGCAUGUGCAAGGAGUCCUGCAAUGACACCCAGUACAAGAUGACUAUCUCCAUGGCCGACUGGCCUUCUGAGGCCUCCGAGGACUGGAUUCUCCACGUGCUGUCUCAGGAGCGGGACCAGAGCCCCAACAUCACUGUGAGCAGGAACGGCAUCGUCAAGCUCAACAUCUACUUCCAAGAAUUCAACUAUCGCACCAUCGAGGAAUCAGCAGCCAACAACAUCGUCUGGCUGCUCUCCAACCUGGGCGGCCAGUUUGGUUUCUGGAUGGGGGGCUCCGUGCUGUGCCUCAUCGAGUUUGGGGAGAUCAUCAUCGACUUCCUGUGGAUCACCAUCAUCAGGCUGGUGGCCUUCCUCAGGAGCCUGCGGCGGAGGCGGGCCCGGGCUCCCUGUGACAGCCCCCCGCCCACCGUGGCCGAGCUGGUGGAGGCCCACACCAACUUUGGCUUCCAGCCCGACCCCGCCAGCCAGGCCGAGGGCUACCCCAACGGGCAGCCACUGCCCAUCCCGGGCACCCCGCCCCCUAACUAUGACUCCCUGCGUCUGCAGCCGCUGGACACCAUUGAGUCUGACAGUGAGGGUGACGCCAUCUAGACCCUGCCCCUGCCCACCCCGGGCGGCUCACGUACUUGAAGCUGAGAAGCUGAGACCGUGGCUCAGUGCCUUGCUGUAUAGUGCCCUCUCCAGAGAGCCAGGACCACCGGUGUCCAGGGCCCGGCCCCCUCCGUAGAGAGGCCAGUAGCCACUGCCAGGCCCAGGCUGCAGGGUCCGCAGGGUCACGGUGCAGGACGCCAGAACUGGGUUCUCACCUGGCUCCUGCCCUUCCUGUCCUGGGCCUACCUGACCUGCCCUCUGGCUCUAGAGACCCCUCUCCUGGUGUCAGGCCACUUUCUUCCCAGUGUCAGUCACUGCCCCAGAGAUGACCAGGUGGGUCUACCAUGUUCCCCAGAAUCAGUGGCCUUUCCCUCACUGGCCUUGACUGACCUCUGUGAACAGGCUUAGCAAAGGCAGCAGUGGCGGGGGGGGGACAGGGGGAGCACCAGGAGUGGGGGCCUGCAG